AUGUCCGCCCUCCCAGCUCCGGAUGUGCCCCUUCAGAUUGAAUGGCAGCCGGUGCCCCUCCAGCUUGAUGCCAACGGGCAGACACAGCUUGUCAAGAAGCCCAGGACCGCUCUACAAACCUACAUCCCCGGUUGUGAGCCUGCCUGGCAAGAUACCGACGAGGACUCCCUUCCACAGUUCUUCACAGAGCUCCAGACCUACCUCCAGCACAGCCUGCAGAAUCAGUUGACCCGGGGCAGUCAGGCCCUCCUCCUUGUACAAGAGCGUCAGGCAGCACAACAUGCUCUUAUGGCAGAAGCUCUCGAGUACAUGAAGAUGGAGGUCAACUCUGUUCAGGAAGAACUCCGGAGGUAUGCGGAGAGGGAUGAACUGAAUGCUGAUGCCAUGGAGAUUGAGUGGACAAAUCCGGCCACUCCACCAGACUUUGUUGCCGAAAUACAGCGAGCCCUUGAUGAAGGAAGGCUGGUGGUUGGAGAGCUCUACUCAGGUGCAGGCCGAGGACCUCCUAGUCCGCUAGCCAGGAACCCGGGAAGCAAUCCGGCACCAGUAGCACCUGUAGCCCCUCCUGCUGCGGCCGCCGCUCCCCCUCCAGCUAAUGCACAGGGUGGUAGCGGUGGGAAUCAGAACCCCCCACCUCCAGUGGCUCGUGCUCCCGCACCAGGGGAUUCCGACAGUUCUGACAGUUCAGACUCGGAACCAGAAGGUGGUGAUAGAAGAGGCUGGCGGAGAUACCUCAAGAAGAAGUUGGAGAAGCAGCAGAAGAAGCUGUGGGAAAUGAUGUCCCAGCAGUACCGACCUCCGGCCGCCUCUCCCCCUUCUGGACCUAGCAGGGCCCGAGAACCAAAAGCACCACCUCCCUCCAAGUUCCAAGGCAAAGCGGAGCAAGUGGAGACCUUCAUCCGGCAAUGUGAAAAUGUGUUCUCCAUAGAGAGCCUAUCCUUCACCUCUGAGGAGGUUAAGAUCCGCUAUGCAGGCAACUUGAUGGAAGGAGAAGCAGCAAUCCGAUGGUAUGAGGCAUACCACAAUUCAAUUGAUCAAGCCUCCGCCAACCGUCUUGCUGGCGGGAUGUCAGUGAAAUUAGAUGAGAGAUGGAAGCGCUGGGAUUCCUUUGUGGAUGCUUUUAGAGCAGCCUUCGGUGAAGCCAUCUCUAGAGAUGAUGCUGUAGCCCAAUGGAAUGCCCUUACCCACACUGCUCGAGGAGGAAUAGACCUCUUCCUGAAUACUAUUAUUCAGCUGAUUUGGAAGACUGGCUAUGAGG